UAAAAGGGGUGUUUGAUUUAAGCCGGCCAGUCUCCGCCCACUGCCGCUCUUUCUGCCUACAGACAUACACAUACAUGAAUUGGAAUUGAAAACUCUCUCUCUCUCUCUCUCUCUCUCUCUCUCUGUGUAGGGUAGUUGUAGGAGACUAGUAGUGGUAGUAGUACACAACGGACAAAGGCGGCUCUGCAAAAACCCCAAGUUCCCUCAAAUUGGGUUGUUUUUAUCUCUUGCAACCGGGCUUGUUUUUAGUCCUCCAUACAACCACACAGACAGAGCAAAUUAAGCAACAGUCCGGGAAACAACCCUGAAAAUCCAACAGUGCCAGUAUCCCCCCGAAGACGAAGAGAAGCUUGGAUUGGAUCUCUCACUUUCAGGAACAAUUUGGGGAGGAAGAAGAGAUGGGGAUUCUAUACGACGAUGUGGUGAUCAUCAGGCAGUCCGAGAAAGAAGACGACCCCACCAUCAUCACUGUCAAUUGCCCCGACAAGACCGGCUUGGGCUGUGAUCUUUGCCGCCUCAUCCUCUUCUUUGGUUUGAGCAUUGUCAGGGGCGAUGUGUCUACGGAUGGGAGAUGGUGCUACAUAGUGUUCUGGGUGAUCGGAAAACCGAGCACGAGAUGGGGUUUGUUGAAGAAGAGGCUGAUAGGGGUGUGCCCUUCUUGUUCUUUAGCUUCUGCGAUUCCCUUUUACCGCUCCGAAUUGCAGCCCCCCGAGCCUCCUGAUGUCUUCCUCUUGAAGUUCUGCUGCUGUGACCGCAGAGGCCUUCUUCAUGAUGUGACGGUAGUUCUUUGCGAUCUUGAGCUUAUAAUAAAGAGAGUGAAGGUCUCGACCACCCCAGAUGGCAGAGUGGUGGACUUGUUUUUUGUCACCGACACCAGGGAACUUCUCCAUACAAGGAAGAGACAGGAAGAUACACUUGACCAUCUAAAAGCCGCUUUAGGCGAUGACAUGAUUAGUUGUGAGAUAGAAAUGGUUGGCCCUGAAAUUACUGCGUGCUCGCAAGGUCAUUCAUUUCUUCCACCUGCAAUCACAGAGGACAAGUUCAACUUAGACCUCAACGAACAUCAAAGUGGAUCUCUCACCUCCAACAGUGUAUCGGUUGACAUGGAUAACUCUCUCAGUCCUUCUCACACCCUUGUCCAAAUUGUUUGCCAAGAUCACAAAGGUCUACUCUACGACAUAAUGAGAACCCUGAAGGAUUAUAACAUUCAGAUCUCUUACGGUCGCUUCACCACGAAAGAGAAAAGAAACUGUGAAGUGGACUUGUUCAUCAUGCAAGCCGAUGGGAAGAAGAUAGUCGACCUUAGCAAGCAGAACAUGUUGUCAUCUCGUAUUCGGAUGGAACUACUGCGCCCUCUUAGAGUAGCUGUAGUGAGCCGGGGUCCCGACACAGAACUGCUGGUAGCAAAUCCUGUCGAGUUGUCUGGCAAAGGCCGGCCUCUUGUUUUCUACGACAUCACCCUUGCACUCAUGAUGCUCAACACCGGCAUCUUUUUGGCUGAGAUAGGAAGGCAAGUGAUCGGGGACCGGGAAUGGGAAGUUUACAGAGUUUUGCUUGAAGGGGACGGCUUGUCAGUUCCCAGGGACCGGAUUGAGGAAGCGAUUUGGAAAACAUUGAUGGGUUGGGAGUGACGAUCGACUUCGGUUCCUGCAUCCUUGCAUCCAUUUACAGCAACUAAAUUAGUUUUAACUGUGUAGUAGAUGUAAAGAUAGGGCUGUAAUAUGAAUAUAGGCUAAUUAAGGCAUGCGUAUAAUCGCUUAGUUAAUGAGAGAUGAAGAUGAAACCGAAGUAGAUGCGAUUGUGUAUAUGAAAUUUGUUGCAGAGAUAAGCCAUGAUAGUGCCUAUAUUCAUGGUUUUCCAGAAUGUUUGAACAUUGUUUCAGUAAGUUAUAUGUAUCUAUCUACAGAGCCAUAUGUACGUAUGAGUUGAUGGAAUAUCUGGCUCAGCAUUCCUUAGGUUUACUGAAUUAUUUGCUGCAAAUAAAAAGAGAAGUUUUAUCGAA